UGGGAUGUGGGGAGAGCAGGGGGGGGAUAAAUGGUCUUUUGACCCCUGGCUCCCAAGGAACUGCAGCCACCAGUCUUUCUGCUCCGGCAUUGCUGCAGCCACCAGCCCAGCCACGGAGCAGCGCAGCCCUGGGUCGCUGGCGAAUGGGGCACGCGAGCGCUGAUGGGAAAGUACUAAUCGUCUGGCCACACGGAGUCUCUGAGGGGGCCCAGGCUGUAGCCUCUUCCAGGCAGAAAGCUUGACUGUUCUCGCCUUGCUCAGCCUGAUGCCAGGAGCCGAGGACGCUGGUCGCUUGUUGCUGUCAGCAGCAUGCCUGGGGCCUGGGCAGACGUAACUCCUGGCCAACAGGCACCCUGAGGAGCCUGACUGUCUAGAGCGAGGUCUCGGCGGGGAUGGGGAAGCUGCCCCAUCCGGGCUGGUGAGCCCCACAGUGGUGGUGUCAGGCCCCUUCCUGCUCCCCAAAGGAUGUCAGCGUCCUCUCUGAAAGCCACUCUCCAUGCAGCCUCCCGGUGCACAGUGGUGAUGGCGCUGCCAGGCUUCUCAUGGACCGUACUUCUGCUACUCUGCACCCUGGAGCAGCUGGGGGCCCUGGCCAUGCACACGGAGGCCGGGGGGCCGGGCCUGGAGCAGCCGGGGGCCCUGGCUAUGUACACGGAGGCCAGGGGGCCGGGCCUGGAGCAGUCAGGGGACAGCAUGCUGCUGGCAGGUGGACGUGUGAAGCGCGGCUGGGUGUGGAACCAGUUCUUUGUGGUUGAGGAGUACACUGGCACGGAGCCGCUGUACGUGGGAAAGAUCCACUCGGACUCGGAUGAGGGGGACGGGUCCAUCAAGUACACCAUCUCCGGGGAGGGCGCAGGAACCAUCUUCCUCAUUGAUGAGGUCACAGGCGACAUCCAUGCCACUGAGCGCCUGGACCGGGAGCAGAAGACGUUCUACACGCUGCGGGCACAGGCCCGGGACCGCCAGACCAACCAGCUGCUGGAGCCGGAGUCUGAGUUCAUCAUCAAGGUGCAGGACAUCAAUGACAGCGAGCCCCGUUUCCUGGAGGGGCCCUACAUCGGCAGCGUGGCCGAGCUGUCCCCCAUAGGCACGUCCGUGAUGCAGGUGAUGGCAUCAGAUGCCGAUGACCCCACGUACGGCAGCAGUGCCAGGGUGGUGUACAGUGUGCUGGAAGGAGAGCAGCACUUCACAGUGGACAGUAAAACAGGUGUGAUCCGGACGGCAGUGGCCAAUCUGGACAGAGAAACUCAGGACCGGUAUGAAGUGGUGAUCCGAGCCACGGACAUGGCAGGGCAGCUGGGUGGCCUGUCUGGAUCCACCACGGUCACAAUUGUGAUCACAGAUGUCAACGACAACCCUCCACGAUUCCCCCAGAAAAUGUACCAAUUCAGCGUUGUGGAGACUGCCCUUGUGGGCACUGCGAUCGGGAGAGUGAAGGCGGAGGACUCAGAUGUGGGGGAGAACACAGACAUGACGUACCAGAUCAAAGAUGAGGAGGGAGUGCAGAUGUUUAAAGUCACCACAGACAGCAACACCCAGGAGGCGAUCAUCACCGUGCAGAAGCCCCUUGACUACGAGGCCAAGAUGGUUCACACUGUGGUGGUGGAGGCCCUGAACAAGUUUGUGGACCCAAGGUUUGUGGAUCUGGGCACGUUCCGAGACCAAACCAUUGUGCGGGUCUCUGUGUUGGACGUGGAUGAGCCCCCGGAGUUCCGGCCCCCCUCCGACCUGAUGGAAGUCCAGGAGGAUGCCUACGUUGGCUCUGUGGUGGGAGUGGUCACCGCCCUGGACCCCGAUGCUGCAAACAACCCUGUCCGAUACGCCAUCGAUCGCAACACUGACCUGGAGAGGAUCUUUGACAUUGAUGCAAACACAGGCGCCAUUGUGACAGGCAAAGUCCUGGAUCGGGAGACAGCAGGGUGGCACAACAUCACGGUCCUGGCAAUGGAAGCAGACAAUCAUUCCCAGGUGUCUAGAGCAUCUCUGCGUAUCCGAAUCCUGGAUGUGAACGACAACCCACCCGAGCUGGCCACGCCGUACGAGGCUGCGGUAUGUGAAGAUGCCAAGCCCGGCCAGCUAAUUCAGACAAUAAGUGUCGUGGAUCGUGAUGAGCCUCAGAGUGGCCAUCGCUUCUACUUCACACUGGCCCCGGAAGCCACUGACAACCACCACUUUUCUCUGCUGGAUAUCCAGGACAACACGGCCGCGGUGCACACGCGGAGAGUGGGCUUUAACCGCCAGGAGCAGGACAUUUACUUCCUUCCCAUUCUGGUGGUGGACAGUGGGCCUCCCGCCCUGAGCAGCACGGGGACUCUGACCAUCCGGGUGUGUGGUUGUGACAGCACAGGGGCCAUCCAGUCCUGUAACAGUACAGCCUACGUCAUGUCUGCAACGCUGAGCCCCGGCGCUCUCAUCGCACUCUUGGUUUGCAUCCUCAUCCUGAUCGUGCUGGUUCUCCUAAUCCUCACUCUGAAGCGACACCACAAGAGCCAUCUGACGUCAGAGGAGGAUGAGGACAUGAGGGACAAUGUCAUCAAGUACAACGAUGAGGGAGGUGGGGAGCAGGACACCGAGGCCUACGACAUGUCAGCCCUACGCAGCCUGUAUGACUUCAGUGAGCUCAAAGGCAGCGACGGCGGGGGAGGGCCGGGAGACGGGGGCAUGACUAGUAACUUGCCCUCCGAGCUCCAUGCCCUCCCACAGUGGUUCCAGAACCCAGACCUGGACUUCUCCAUGUUCAGAGACUACAUCAGCAGGAAGGUGGAUCAGGCGGACAAGGAUCUGUCUGUCCCACCAUACGACUCGUUCCAAACCUACGCCUUCGAGGGCUCAGACUCCCCUGUCCCGUCCUUGAGCUCCAUCAACACCUGGUCCACCAGCUCAGAACAGGACUUCUCCUAUCUGAGCAGCUGGGGGCCGCGCUUCCGGCAGCUGGCGGCUCUCUAUGCCGGGCAUAAAGGUGAGGAGGAGAGCGAAGAAUCCUAGCCACAAUUAACCAAAAACCCACAACGAGACGGAGAGAAUGAUUUCCGAACUUGGGGAUUCUCCAGGCUUCCCAUGUCUUCGAGGGCUGCUGCGGAAGCAAGCUCAGGUCAAACAAUAAGGACAAUAUGUCGUCCAGAUAGCAGAGUCCCUCCACCACGCACCCUGGCAUGGAAGGAGAGACAUCAAGGACCAUUUUGGACAGGGCGAGUGAUGGCUUUAUGAUGUGCUCUUCGUUAGCCGCCUCUUAUUAGAGGCUCUGUAGCACACACAUAGCGAGGCUGAAGUGCCCAAAGGAGCUGUUGUUACCAUCCUAAUCGCUUUCAUAGCAAUCUCCAUUAAAGCACUCCAUGUUAAUUUAAGAAAGAGAAAAUCUAAUUCAAGAAAAUUCGGAUGGGAUUUCCCCCCCACAAAUUAUCAUUUAAAUCGAUCUGUUCAAUGAGCCCGGUUAAGGAGAGGAAGAAAGAAAGAGGAGCCUUUUGUUGUCUAAAUUGUUUUUGUCACUUGAUUCAGAGCAUCUGAUGUGCUUUGAUUUUUUUAAGAGCUUUCCUUGCAGAGCGAAACAAGCUUUUAACUUUUGUUCUGUUUUUCUCCCCCUUAUAUUUACUGAUUUUUCUGAGUCUCUUUCUUCUUUCCUUGUAUUUCAGUUCCUCUAGUUGUGGCGAGCUGGUGUUUCUGUGCAGGAUCCCAGCUGCUUACAAUCAGUGGAGCAGUUUACAUUUGCUGCGUUUUGGAGGUCCUGGGUGCUAGUUCUUAGGUCAGGUCCUUUAAAGAGAAGUUUUUACACUAGGGUCAAACAUACUUUGCUUCCGAACUGGGCUUGGGUUUCACCUCAUGGUUUUUAUUAGAAUUUUCCUGUCCAUUUUUGCCAUGUAUCACAGAUAUUUAUGUUUAUGCCAACAUCUACCCCUCCUGCUUAAUCCACAGUGAAGUCAUUGUUCUGAGGUUCUGGCAUCCCAAUGAUCCCCAUGGCAACAAACUGUGAUAUCACUAAUACGGGAUUAUGACUAUGUGGCUGGACUGUGGGCAGUGAUGCUGAAAUGUGAAGGAGGAAGCUCUCUGAGCCCAUGUCGUAGAGGUAACAGUAGAGGGAAUGCAGCGCAUCCCUAAAGGAUAGCGCUUUCUGUGGGAAGUUCUCAGCCAGCCCCAGGGCCUGAGGUCUCAGGUUCGUAUGGGUUGCAGUGUAUGCUCUCACAGGCACAGCACUUCAGCCAGCCUGCUGCAGCCUCCCCAAACGAGGUAGCCUGGAUGGCUGAGAAGUGAGUGAGCCUCUUUGGCCUAUUCAGUUCUUGAGCCACAUUCUGCAACCAACAAGAGUGCCAAGUAGUGCCAGCUGCGUUUGUGGGUGUGAGGUGGAUGCACUUUCCAGCAGGCACAGGCCUGACAACACUAACAACUCAUUUCACCUCAGCCACUGAAUAUCGGUCAGUCGAUCACAGCCUUCGAUGACAAGUCCACCCCAGCUCUGGGAGCAGGCCUUGUGGAGGUGCCAGACACCACGCGCCAUCAGCAAAGCCAAGCCAUGCAAUCCCCCAAACCCAACUUAUUUAUUUAUUUAUUUAUUUAUUUAUUUUUGCAAGUUUGCCCUAGAGUGAAAGUCCCUUCAGGUUUCCACAGAAACUGCUGGCAGAAGAGUUCUGUUUAUAUUUCAGGGCGAGCAGGGGGCUCUAGGAAAAAUUACCAGAGAGUGUGAGCCAUCGGUCCCCCAAGGGGGUGG